GAGGACUGGAUGAAGAGGGGGCUGAUGUGAAAACACAGACAGAUCUGGACUGCUCUACAGUGUCUAAAACAAAUACAAUUUGAACUGUAACAGCACCUUUUUCUGAGCUUGUUUUGAAGAAGUCCUUUUUGAUCAGUGGUCACUCAUUUGUCCAGCCACGGGGACAUAUGACAGAGGACGGCGGACUCCUCCCCCAUGCUUGAAAUGCUUUAUAUAUAAAGCCUGUCAGCAGCAGUGUCUGAAAGCUUAUUGGUACCCAAACAUGAAGGGACUGAGCUUGGUUCUCCUUGUGCUCCUCCUGAUGCUCGCGACUGGAGAGGGAGAGAGUCCAGAAAUGCAGUACUGGACCUGUGGUUAUAGAGGACUGUGUAGACGGGUUUGCCAUGCUCAAGAAUACAUCGUCGGUCAUCAUGGUUGCCCUCGAAGAUACAGGUGCUGUGCUGUGCGGUCUUAACACCCUGCCAGAGGUGUGACGAAGCCUGCGUGAUGUCCAAUCAUAAAACCUGACAUGCUCCAUGCAAGUAGCUUGGAUCUCAAGCUUCUUCAACCAUAUGGGAUCUUACAACGAGUGCUUUUGAAGUGGACUUCUAGCAUUUAGACAGACCUUCUUUGCAUCUUUCAGCUGUGCAAAGGCUACAAAUAUGUUGAUGUCUGUACCUGUAACACUCUCUAGAGCGGAGCUGUAAUUACCUGUCUGCACUGCUUUGUUGCCAA